AUGGAGAACGCAAACUUAUGGACUCGAAGAGCGAACUCUAGCAGGCUUUCUUUGUCAACGGCUGAGAACCGGGACUCACAUGCAAGAUCCGAUUCCCCGCGCGGCUCGUCGAAAAGAUUUGGCGGUGACGGCCACGGUCGUUCAAACCCCUUCAACGCGAUCUCGCCUCUCUCCGCGAGCGUCUCUUCACCUUCUACCAACGCCUCCUCUGCCUUUGGCCUUGGCUCUGGAGCGUUCGCUUCAUUCGGGUCGGCGACGAAGACUCCAAAGACACCGAGUGCUUUUGACUUUGGUUCGAAAGCUCGGUCCGAAAAGCAGGAAGGGGAACAGAGUGGAGUUGGGGUUUCGAAGAGUGUGAAAUCGAAGGGCUCGUCGUCUUCUCUCAAUAGUACAGGGACCCCCGACGCGAAGGAGCAUUUAUUAAAGUCGACAUGGGUUGUCUGGUACCGCCCCCCUACACCAAAAUAUUCCGAUUACGAAAAGUCUACAAUUGCCUUGGCGUCGAUAUCUUCUGUUGAGAGCUUCUGGGCUGUUUAUUCGCACCUUAAAAGACCUUCUCUUCUGCCUACGGUUUCCGAUUAUCACAUCUUUAAGAAGGGCAUUCGCCCGGUAUGGGAGGACCAAGCGAACAAAAAGGGUGGAAAAUGGAUUGUGAGACUAAAGAAGGGGGUCGCAGAUCGUUAUUGGGAAGAGCUUCUUUUAGCCAUGAUCGGUGAUCAGUUUGCUGAGGCUAGCGAUGAGGUUUGUGGUGCUGUUCUCAGUGUCCGGAGUGGGGAGGAUGUCUUGAGCGUCUGGACUAGAAUUGAUGGAGGCCGUAACAUUAAAAUUAGGGAAACAAUGAAACGGCUAUUGAAUUUCCCGGCGGAUACCAACAUCGUGUGGAAGAGUCACGAUGACAGUAUAGCCCAGAGAACCGCCAUUGACCAGGCUCGGCAGGACAAAGCCUCUGGGAAUUCCAAUCAUCACCAAGGCUCUGACCGUCGACGUGGGACCCAUCUUGACGAUUCUACCGGAGACAAGGGAAAGGGUUCGACCUCUUGA